CCCCUUUUAAACGAUCUCUGCUGCUUUACUCGUCGUUGAUUGGACGAGAUGUACUUGACCUUAUUCUCAUCCAGACGGAGUGGACACACAGACAGGCCAGGAGGCUAACUCGCAAGCCGGACUGAUAAGACUGCAGAAUGACCUGAGGAUUUGACCUCGCAGGACAAACGCUGGGUCAACCGGUCUGACGGCCGUUUCCACGGAGAGCACAGCGCCAUCUUGUGGCGAGGAGCCUCUUCAACCCGGAAGUGAACCCGCGGGGUCGUCAUGGGGGGCAAAGUCAGCUCCAAGAUGGCAGCACCCGCAGCCCGAAUCGUCCAGGCUGUUCGGCCUCGCGCUCCUCUGAUCAAGUUCCCCAAACGACAAGACAUCCAACGGCCCAACGCCGGAGAGGCUUUGAAAGCAUUUGCAGUUAACGUCGCACCGCACAGCACGCCGCCGCCUCCGUCAUCGCGACCUCCUGUACCUUUGACCCCAGUUUCUGGCACGCCAGAUUCGCUGGCCUCUAUUCAGCUACUACCUGCGAGGUACCGCAGGAGACCAAUGGCAGCCGAGGAGAUGGAGUACAUCCAGCGCGGCGGACCAGAAUGACCCACGCGACUCCAUCACUGCAACCAAAGUCCUUUUACUGCGUGUCUUCAACUCUAUGCGGCUGCUCAACCUGUUGCCACAUGAUGUAGAAUAAAGUAUUGCUUAAAGCCGCU